GAUGAAGGUCGAGUGUUUGUUUAUAUCAAUCAGGAAUUCUUUAAUCUUGAACCAACUUCUAAACCACUAGUUGGUUCUAACACCCCGGCAGCUCGAUUUGGUACAACUUUAAUGAACGUGAAGGAUUUAAAUAAUGAUGGUUUUCAAGAUAUCGCAGUCGGAGCGCCGUUUGAAGGAAAUGGUGUAGUCUAUAUUUAUAAUGGUAAAGAUGGUGGAAUUCAUCUGGAAUAUUCUCAAAGAAUAGUCGGAGAUGAAAUGAAAGCUGUAUUCUCAGGAUUUGGUUGGUCCAUUUCCAGACCCUUUGACGUCGAUGGUGACAAAUAUAAUGGUAAAUAA